UACAGCCUUCAUUAUGCCGAUUAAUGUGUUCUUGAUCCAUUAUUGUCAUAGCUCUAAUCUGAUCGUUAUGUUUGUCACAGCUUCAGUAGUCCCGGCCACUAACACCAGAAAGAGCAGUGUCAAAACUCCACUACCUACCAUGAACAUGAAUCAGAAGAUCACACAGAGCUAGAUGGCCAGUCUGGGUCUUCCCUUGUGCUGCCAGUUGCUGUUAGUAUUUCAGUCUUCAUUGCUGUUCUAACAACAGUAAUCGUAAUAAUCUUCAUUUUUCUAAGACGCCAGCGUAAUGCCAGGAAGAGGUACUCGUUCAAAGAGGGCAACUUGUCAAUAGCAAGAAAGAGCUAUCCAACAGACAGUGUAGGGGAGGGCAGUAUUGGGGAGGGAGAAGAGGGAAAGACUGAAGACAUUGAAAUGGAGGGUCCUCUCGUGAAUGCGGUGGUGGAUGAUGAAACAUGUGAGGAGGAUGGAGUCCCAAACCAGAUGCAGGAGGAAACUGAAGAUUACUUUCAAGAUCCUACGUCCAUAUUAUUGACAGACAUUGACCCAAUACCGACUGAGAGGUUCCCAGAGUAUGUGAGGGACAUGCUGUAUGGAGAGGAACAUAAACUGAAAGAAGAGUUCUCGGCCCUGGGGAAGCUACCUCAACCACCCUCCACUGUGGCUGUCCUACCACACAACAAGGCACACAACAGAUUCAACAACAUCUAUCCUUACAACAGGUCUCGCGUGUGUCUCAAGGCAACCCCUGGAGUGGACAGCUGUGACUAUAUCAAUGCCUCUCUCAUUGAUGGGUAUGGAGGGAGGAAAAAUGCCUAUAUCGCAGCACAAGGGCCAGUGGAUGUGUCUGUGGAGCGUUUCUGGAGGAUGGUCUGGGAGUAUGAGACACCAACAAUACUCAUGCUCACCCAGUGCACUGAGGCUGGGAAGGUCAAGUGUGUGCAGUACUGGCCAGAGAAGCUACAUGACUCCCUCAGUGUGGGGGAAAAGUUCCGUGUCACCUUCUCUUCCAACAUGCCGUUUGCCGAGUACGAAUUCAGGAAAUUCAAACUUGAAAAUUUGUCAGAGUCAGAGAGUAAGCACAUGACAGUGAGUCAUCUCCACUACACGGCCUGGCCUGAUCACGGAGUGCCCGACAACGUCAUGUCUCUCAUUGCCUUCAUCCGUCACGUCCGUAAACUCCACCCCGUCUCCCACCAGCAGCCACUGCUGGUCCACUGCAGUGCGGGGGUGGGGCGUACGGGGACACUCAUCCUCCUGGACAUCAUCAUGCAGCAGAUGAAGACAGAGGGCACUAUCAGUGUUCUCCACUGGCUGAGGAACUUACGCAUGCAGAGAAUGAAGAUGGUCCAGAGCCAGCAACAGUAUGAGUUCAUUCACUGUGGUCUGAGUGAGCUGGUGGUGUGUGGGGAGACAGAGGUGGGCGCAGCCAACCUCAGAAUUGCCCUCAAAAACUUGAAGAAAAAGGGACCAGUUGGAUUUACUGGCUUCCAGAGGCAGAUGCAGAUAAUUGAGGAGGUGAGUUCUCACCAUCCAGUUACCUUCAGUGAUGCAGAGGAGGAGUACAACAGGAAUAAGAACAGAUUUCCUGACAAACUACCCAAUGACACUUAUCGUGUGAGACUGAGAUGUGGACCCAUGCCAGGUUCAGACUACAUCAAUGCCUCCUUUGUCAACGGCUACAAGCAGAAAGGUGCCUACAUAGCUACCCAGUGUCCACUGGAGAACACAGUGGCUGACUUCUGGAGGAUGGUCAACGAGUUCCAGUGUGGCUGUGUGGUCAUGCUCUGUCAGCUCCAGGAAGAGGGAGAGGAGAGUAGCUGCUGUUUCUGGCCAGAGGAGGAAGGGGAGUCUGUGGUGCACGGGAAACUGUCUGUCAAACUGGUGUCAGUCAAGACUCACGGAGACAUUGUCACUAGGAAGCUGGAGAUGGUGGAGGGAGCAGCUCGACUCAAUAGACCUCACAUGGUCCACCUGCUCCAGCUGACAAGCUGGCCAUUGCAGGGUCUUCCCCACCCCAUGGCAAUCCUGUCUCUCAUUGACCAGCUCACCAGUACCCAGAUGAGGUGUGGGAACAGACGAACGGUCAUCAUGUGCAGCGAUGGGGUGAGUCGAACAGGAACCUUCCUCACCAUCCACUGCCAGUUGGAGAGACUCAAGACAGAGGGUGUGGUGGACUUUCUCCAGACCAUCAAGUCAGCUCGUCUUCACAGACCUGGCCUCGUCAACAACACUACUGCAGAGUUUCGUAGGUUCGAAUCCCACCCAGGGCAGUUUUUCUCCUUGGAAAAAGAGCUCUCCUGGGUGUAGUUGACUUGUUUGUUUUUGCCUUUGCCUUUCUACACUCAUUUUUUACAAGUGCAGAGUCACUGCAUGAAGCAGAGUUAGCCUUUAGUUACCUACUGCUAGUAAAGAAAUGUGUGCCAUCUUAUUCUCUCUACAUAAUAGGAUCACUACGUGUUCUGUCACGAAGUCGUCAAUAUGUACUUGGACAACUUUGACACUUACGCUAAUUUUGAGUUUAAGGAAGUAUUCGAAUUUUUGUAGUGUGAACGAUUGUAGGUAUUAUGGUGGAGUAUCCACUUGUAGCUCUACUACACAACAUAAUUGUGGAAUUUGUUCUCUUGUGGCCAAUUAAGUAAGCAGUUCUCUUUUGAUGGUUUGUUGCACAUGCACACCGAGGGGUUCGUGAUGAGUUUAUCAGGCCACCUUCGGCCACCAAAAUUCACUGCCUGGCUAGUUGCCCAAUUAAAGGUAUGCUUUACCGUCACCAUGGAGCUGCAUCCCAUUGGUGGUAGCUGGUUAAUGGGCUGUAGUUGAUUGAGAUGCUUGGCUACCACAACAUAUGGGAUCUGUGCUCUUCUGGUGGCAAGUUUGGUGCUACAUUGUUGGCUUCCCACCUCAAAACUCGUGUAUCCCAAAAUCCUGGAGUAUGCGCAGUUGGACGACGUACGGUCGUAUGUUCGUAGAUAUAAUGGAAAUUCCGCGCCGUUAGUAGCACUAGGUUGGCUCGCUCCCGCUUGCCAGUUAGAGUGCUACCACACAACAUAUGGGAUUUUUUCUCUUGUGGCCAAUUAAGGGAAGCAGUUCUUUUUGAUGGUUUGUUCACCUAUAGGGUUUCAUGAUGAGUUUAUCAGGGCCACCUUCGGCCACCACAAUUCAGGUAGUACCACAAUUCACUGGCUGACUAGUUGCCCAAUUAAGCUGCAUCCAUUAGUGGUGGCUGGUUAGUUGACUGUAGUUGAUUGAGAUGCUUGGCUACCACAACAUAUGGGAUCUGUGCUCUUCUGGUGGCAAGUUUGGCGCUACCUUGUUGGCUUCCCACCUCAA